AAACCCGGGGGGGAGAGAGAAGUGUGCAAAGUUGUCGGCUUUAUCUAAUCGGUGGUGUGAUAACCUGAGGUCUGGCGGUCUGGCCUCGUAAGGGUGGGGGUUUCUCCCGUGUCUCAGCCGGACUUCAGUUCACACAGAGUGUACCGACUCCCCGGUACCGCCGGGCUUUGUCAGCAUGGGGGGUCCGCUGGGGUCCAGGACGGGACCGCCGCUGCUUCUGCCCGGUUCAGACACGGAGGCUCACGGGUUGUGAGACGAAGUAAAGUUAAGUCAGGCUAGUUCAUUCUCAAGCGAAGGGUUCGUUUUGUUUGUUUGUUUGUUUGUUUUUUUGUCACCUGGAAUCCACGGAAGGCGCGAGGUCCUCGCGCAGGUGUGACCCGGACACGCGCCAUGGAUGACUCCGGGAUCAUCCGGAGGAGGAGGCUGCAGAAGGAUCUACCUCUGCCUCGGAAAAGUAGCAGUUGCAGAACCAGUAACCGGAAAAGCCUCAUCUUGACCAGCACAUCGCCCACCCUGCCAAGGCCGCACUCGCCACUGCCUGGUCACAUAGGAAGCAGUCCGUUGGACAGCCCGCGCAACUUCUCGCCAAGCGGACCGGCCCACUUCUCCUUCGCCUCCUCCCGAAGGGCUGAUGGUCGAAGAUGGUCUUUGGCCUCCCUGCCUUCCUCAGGAUAUGGCACCAAUACGCCCAGCUCAACGUCAUCCAGCUCGUCCCAGGAGCGCCUGCACCAGCUGCCCUUUCAGCCGACCAUGGAUGAGCUGCACUUCCUGUCCAAGCACUUUGGCAGCACAGAGAGCAUCACGGACGACGACGGGGGGCGGCGCUCGCCGCACGUCCGCCCCCGAUCCCGAAGCCUCAGCCCCGGGCGCUCUCCAUCCUGCUAUGACAAUGAAAUAGUGAUGAUGAACCAUGUCUACAAGGAGCGCUUCCCCAAGGCCACGGCUCAGAUGGAGGAGAGGUUGGCAGAGUUCAUCCAGAACUACUCUCCGGAGAUGGUUCUGCCGCUGGCCGACGGGGUCCUGAGCUUCAUCCACCAUCAGAUCGCCGAGCUGUCCCGAGACUGCCUGACCAAAUCCCGCGAGGGCCUCAUCACCACCGUCUACUUCUGCGAGCUGCAGGAAAACCUGGAGAAGCUGCUGCACGACGCGUACGAGCGCUCCGAGAGUUCAGAGCUGACCUUCGUCAUUGAGCUUGUCAAAAAGCUCUUCAUCAUCAUAUCUCGUCCCGCCCGGCUGCUGGAGUGCCUGGAGUUCAACCCGGAAGAGUUCUACCAUCUGCUGGAGGCGGCGGAGGAUCACGCCAAGGAGGGACAACUGAUGAAGACGGACAUCCCCCGAUAUAUCAUCAGUCAGCUGGGGCUGACCAGAGACCCUCUGGAGGAGAUAGUGAGCCUCGACAGCUACGACAGCGAGGGUCCACACACUCCGGAGACCGACGACUCUGCAGAGGGGAAGGGGAGAUCCAUCAAGCCGCCGACUGAAGAGGACUUUCAGAGCAUCAAACUGAUCAGCAACGGAGCUUAUGGCGCGGUCUACCUGGUGCGCCACAGAGAGACGCGUCAGCGCUUCGCCAUGAAGAAGAUCAACAAGCAGAAUCUGAUCCUGAGGAACCAGAUCCAGCAGGCGUUUGUGGAGCGGGACAUCCUCACCUUUGCGGAGAAUCCGUUCGUCGUCUCCAUGUUCUGCUCCUUUGAAACGCGGCGGCAUCUCUGCAUGGUCAUGGAGUAUGUUGAAGGUGGGGACUGUGCCACUUUGCUGAAGAACAUCGGCGCUCUGCCGGUGGAGCUGGCGAGGAUGUACUUCGCUGAGACCGUGUUAGCCCUGGAGUAUCUGCACAACUACGGCAUCGUCCACAGAGAUCUCAAACCUGACAAUCUCCUGAUUACCUCAAUGGGCCACAUCAAACUCACAGACUUCGGCUUGUCAAAGAUGGGUCUGAUGAGCCUCACCACCAACCUAUAUGAAGGACACAUCGAGAAAGACGCCAGGGAGUUUCUGGACAAGCAGGUCUGCGGUACUCCGGAGUACAUCGCUCCAGAGGUGAUCCUCCGCCAGGGCUACGGGAAGCCGGUGGACUGGUGGGCCAUGGGCAUCAUCCUGUAUGAGUUCUUGGUGGGCUGCGUGCCUUUCUUCGGGGACACGCCUGAGGAGCUGUUCGGACAGGUCAUCACAGACGACAUAGUUUGGCCGGACGGGGACGACGCCUUGCCUGCAGACGCUCAGGCCCUCAUCUCCGCCCUGCUGCAGACCAAUCCACUCAUCAGACUCGGCACAGGCGGGGCGUUCGAGGUGAAGCAGCACCCGUUCUUCACCGAGCUGGACUGGAACACUCUGCUGAGGCAGAAAGCAGAGUUCAUCCCUCACCUGGAGUCAGAGGAAGACACCAGCUACUUUGACACCCGCUCAGAUCGCUAUCACCACAUCAAUACCUACGACGAGGACGACACCAACGACGACGAGCCGGUGGAGAUCAGACAGUUCCAGUCCUGCUCUCCUCGCUUCAGCAAGGUGUACAGCAGCAUGGAGCAUCUCUCUCAGCUGGAGCAGAAGGCGUCCAGCUCCGUGUCUCGCCGGGACAAGGGCUCGCGCGAGGACAAAGUGACCAAGAGAGAGAGCCUGGGCAGCUUCAGCAUGAGGGACAAGAGCUGGAGGACCGGAUCCCCUGAGAUGAAGCGCCUGUCCUGUUCGGAGUCCUUGUACAUGGAGGGAGACGCGAGCCCUCCCCUCGGCGCCCGGCGGCGCUUCUCUGCCCUGAUGGAUACGCAUCGCUUUGCCUCACCUCUGGAAGGCGAAACUGAGUUUCUGACCCGGCAGAAUCCCCUGAGGGUCCGUGGAACCUCACUGGACGGGACCACCGUCCCCUCGUCCAACAUUUUUGAGCAGAGGAGCAGCCUGAAGGAGAUCAACGGAGCAGACAAAUCCCCGCGGCCAGGAGAGACGCCGGGCGUCACUACGGCUGUCACCACGUUAUCCCCGGGCCCAGCAGCAGCCGGCCGGGACGUGAUGACUCCUCUGUACGACCCUCUGGGGCCCCGAGCCACCAACGACCUGGUCCUCCGCAGAGCCCGCCACCAGCACCUGUCUGGUGACGGAGAGAAGCGAAACUCCCGACCGGGCAACAAAGUCAUCAAGUCGGCAUCUGCCACGGCGCUCUCGGUCAUCAUACCAUCAGUGGAUCAGCAUGGCGGCUUCUCCCCUCUGGCCAGCCCCAUGUCUCCCCACUCUUUCUCCUCCAACCCCUCGUCUCGAGACUCCUCGCCCAGCAGAGACUUCUGUCCGGCAGUCAGCGUGCUGCGCUCCCCCAUCACCAUCCAUCGCUCUGGGAAGAAGUACGGCUUUACUCUCAGGGCCAUUCGGGUUUACAUCGGCGACAGCGAUAUCUACAGUGUGCAUCACAUUGUCUGGCAUGUGGAGGAAGGCGGCCCGGCUCAGGAAGCCGGCCUGUGUGCCGGUGACCUGAUCACUCAUGUCAACGGGGAGCCCGUCCAUGGCCUGGUCCACACUGAGGUGGUGGAGCUCAUCCUCAAGAGUGGAAACAAGGUGACCGUGACGACCACACCUUUUGAGAACACCUCCAUCAAAGUGGGUCCGGCCCGCAAGGCCAGCUACAAGUGUAAAAUGGCCCGACGAAACAAGAGGACGAUGGGGAAAGAUGGUCAGGACAGUAAGAAGCGCAACUCCCUGUUCCGAAAGAUCACCAAGCAAUCCAAUCUGCUCCACACCAGCCGCAGCCUGUCCUCUUUGAAUCGAUCCCUGUCCUCCAGCGAGAGUCUUCCUGGCUCCCCGACCCACAGCCUGUCUGCUCGGUCCCCAACUCAGGGCUACCGCUCCACCCCUGAGCCCUCGUACCUGGGCGCUUCGUCCCAGAGCAGCUCUCCAGCCUCCAGCACUCCCAACUCCCCAGCUCCCUCUCAGCACAUGAGGCCCAGCUCCCUGCACGGCCUCUCCCCGAAGCUGCACCGCCAGUACCGCUCCGCACGAUGCAAGUCAGCCGGCAACAUCCCCCUGUCCCCGCUGGCCCACACGCCCUCCCCCACCCAGUCGUCCCCGCCACCCCUGCCCGGCCACACCAUCGGAAGCUCCAACACCACCCAGUCCUUCCCCGCCAAGCUGCACUCCUCGCCGCCCGUCGUCCGGCCCAGGCCGAAGAGCGCGGAGCCCCCGCGGUCGCCGCUUCUCAAGCGGGUGCAGUCGGCAGAGAAGCUGGGCUCGCCGUUGACUCAGUCCAGCUCCACGGGGGGGCUGGGGGGCCCGCUGAGGAAGCACAGCCUGGAGGUGCAGCACUCGGAGUACCGCAAGGAUGCCUUCCUCUGUGAGCUCGGGCUCCAGAGCCUGCUGGAGACCGAGGGGGAAAACCUGCCCCCUAAUCCUCCGCCCCUGCCCUCGUCCUCAACCGUCCCUGAAACCGGCGUGUUGAAACCCGUGAGGAGACUCGGGAGACAGGAGUCGCCGCUCAGCCGGGAAACGCUCUUGGCCGGGAGGGAGAGGGAAGAGAGGGAGAGGGGAAGAGAGAGGGAAAAAGAGAGAGAGACAGAGAGCGGGACGAGUCGGGUCGGAGCAACAGGCUCACAGUCGUCUUUAGCUAGAAAGCCUCUGGCGUCUGAUCUGCCCUUAAACUCCCAGAGCUCCAGAAUGAGUGCGGAAACCACUAAAGCUAUAACACCCAGCACCCCCACCAAAGUUACAGGAAGUCUAGUUGGUCAAAAGGGACCCGAGAAAAUCUCCCAAAGUCAGGCAGACAUACCUCCAAAACGCGUCGACUCCAUGGCUGCAAAAAGUGUGCUGUCUAACAGUAAAGACGCACAGGGGAGCAAAAUGGAACCAAAGCAGGAUGCAGAAAACAGAGGCAGGUCUGCUUUAUCCGGCGCCGCUUUCAGCAAGAACUCUGCUUCUGCUCCAGAUAAAUCUGUUGGCAUCACCGCCGGACUGAGCGGAGGUCCUCUUGGCCUCAGCAAAACCUUUAAACCAUCAGGUAUGGGCGACGGCCUGAGAAAGGCCGACAGCGGCGAUUCAAGGACUCCAGACCUCGGCUCUAAAAGCCCCAAACUCCCCGCCCGGGUUCUGGCGCCCGUCGUGCCUCCGCAUGGGCAGCCGCUCUCACUGGGGAAGGUGAGACAAGGACUCGGCCCCGUGAACUGCUACCGGGGCACCCUCGACUGGGAGGACAAGUGUCGCCUGGAGGUGGUGGAGGAGCAUUCGCCCUCGCCCUCUCCGUCCCCGACGGCGGUCACCCCCUCCCUCUGCGGACCUUCGCUCUGUAAGUCGCGGCCCGUCUCCCCCGGCGACAAGACGAGCUUCGUCAGCCAGCUGACCACCGUGGCCAAAAAUGUUCUCGGGCCAAUCAAGCUUGGCUCUCAGGAGGGGGCCAGGAGCAAAGAGCAGCAGACUAAGGCAGCGGAGGAGAAACAAGGAGGCACAGCGGGGAAGUCUGACACUCCUGCUGGCGGUCGAGUGGCCGUCGGGGCUGCAGUGGUGACCCAGAGUCCCGCCGGUUCGCCGCUAGAGAAAGCUGCAACAAGUAGCAGCAGCAGCAGCCCGCCAAAAAUGUGACCCUCUAGGGUCCCUGAACGGGACUUCGCUGGAAAAGGAAGGAAACGAAAAAGAUGCCUUUUUUGGAAGAACAAUGUAACAGAAGACAAGCACUUAAAAACAAUGUACAUUCCAGUUUCAGAGUAUAUAAAAUGUUAUUUAUUAAUUCCAAUCAUUGACUGAAUCUAACUUAAAAACAGGAGUGAAAAAAAAACUACUGUAAAGGUGCAUUAACUGUUGAUUUUCUAUUCUAAAUAAUUUAAUAAGAAGACUCUUAAUGUAACGUGAUACACUUUAUCAGAUGUAUAUGUGUGGGUCUCUGUGAACGCAUGUCAUAUGGUAUGUACUGUACAUGUAUAAUAGGUACAAGAAGGUCAAAAAGUGCUUUACCGAUCAAAACAUGCUGAAUACUGUGAAGACCAAAUCAGUCGCUGUCUUAUCUCUCUGCGAGCCCUUUCUUCUUUUUGCAGCUUCUCACGGUGAUGUGGUAAAGCGGUAAUAAUUGUGUCGAGCGACGCGGACGUCUCCGGUGAACUGGAAGCGAGACGAUGAAGCUUGUUUAUUCAUUUCUCACCAGUUUGCUUUCUCCGAGUUCUGUGGUCAGACAGCGCCGAGGCAGGUGCAUUGUUUGUGGAUGUCAUGGUAAGCACUGACGAGCUGUCUGUCGCAGAGGCGUGUGUGUGUGCGUGCGUGUGUGUGUGUGACCUCUGUGAGCCUAAUUCAGAUGCUUCUCGAAGGCAGUGUCCUGCUGCAGAGAGAAGAGGGAAUGACAGAGCUUAGGCUCAGUGCUUAUCUACACUUCGCAGGACUGCUACCACAGCCGUUUUUUUACACCCCCCACCCCAACACCCACCCACCCACACACACACACACACACCCACCAAGGACUAACUGCAGCCACAUGCACAAACGCACACUCAUAUUACCGCAGCAGUCAGCAGCGGAUUCUCAUUGCAUUUAAAUCCAUACUCCUGUGGCUCGCGAAUUAGGACACAAGUGCGCUUGUGCGCAAGCAAGUCAAGAAGGGAGACGGUUGUGAACAUUUGUGUGUCCUCACACUCGGUAUGAUUGACUAAGCAAAGGUCAUGACUGAAGGCAUCCAGAUCCAGUCACAGGAAAAAGAUCCCCCACUGCUUGAACAACGGAUCACACAGGUACAAUGCUUUCACGAGGAGGUAAAGGCUUGGGGACAUGUUGGAAGCACAUAUACAGUUUGAUUCAUGUGUUGUUUUGAGCCAAAAGUAGGAAAAGCAGGCCGUCGUGGAUGUAGCAUAUCCAAAUUUAUUUGUCGAAGGGCUUUAAAGCUGAAGUAGAGUUUGUGCAUAUAUACAAAGAGUGAACUCGUUAUUGUAAAAACAAGGUUAUUUACAGUAUAAUCAGAACGAUGGUGUAGUUAGGUGCUUAUGGUUAGGUAGGAUUGAUGAUUACAAUGCGCAGUGUAUCAUACUAAUAAAGGUGUUUGCAUCAUUCGUCUCACCAGAGAACUAAGAAAUGUUCGCUGGAUAAAACAAUUUGUGUUUUCUCUCACUGCUCAUAAUUAGUUCCUUAGUGUUCAUAACUUACUAAAUAUCCAAUGUACAUAAACUUAUGCAAAUUAUUUACAGCUGUUUGUGAGGGAAUUUGGGUUGAAAGGGAGCUCAGCAAUGUUUCAUCCAGAUUUAUUGGAUCUAUUCCAGGUUGUACAAAUGUGAAAGAAAAUGAAAUUCACACAUCAACAACAUUUGCAUUUUACAGCGAGGACAGAUUUGAAGCUCUGAAUUUUGAAAAGGGGCCUUUUAUGUUUCCUGUAUUGUUUGACAUGUGUGUCGGAUAGUGCAACAGAGGAUGUUCAUAUUACAUUGAAAAAGAGAAAUAAUUCUGUUACAGUCAGUGCUCUGAGGAGCGAACUUGAGCUGUGGGCGGCUGUGAAUGCUCAGUUUGAACCACUUUCUUCACAUUUCCUCAUAUGGUCAUCCGCUUCUGAGGCAGGGAUGCUGAUGUUAAAUUACAAACAUGCAGUGUUAGGUGUUGGUAAGUUAGACCUGUUAGAAAACAGGCUUAUUGGAAGCUGACCAAACCAGACAAUGGCCUUCAAAUGACAGGGCCUUUAAGAGUCAGACUUUGAACCUGUUUUCUGGUUUUCUGAUUAUCUUGAGCGCUCUAAGAAUGGAUCAGCAUAAAGACUAAGUGAUUAUGGAUGGGGCACUUUGUUUCGUUUCGUUUCGUUUUUUUUAAAGAUGCAGUCCACAGUCUGAAAUUCAAAGUUAGAAUUGGACCUCAAGCGAUGUAGUCUGGAUAACAGAUUGCUAAAUGUAAUUUCUGCCGCUUUUGCCCUUGACAGUGUUUCACUGAGUUUUUAAUGUACAGUUUUACCCGGGAGCUGUUUAGUUUUGUUUCAUGUUUAAAUCAGGAGCUGGCAGAAUGUAGAAAUCUGCCCUAAAAAAACUGUUCUUCUAUUUACAAUGUGCUCUCAUGUCCACACAUUAGCCAGUGUCCCUUUUUUUUUUUAAUUCAGAACAGUGCUCCACUGCCCCCCAGUGGUUUUGAAUAUCUAUUGUUGGACAACCUUGAUUAUAAAAUGUUGCAUUGAGAGUUAAGACCACAGGCAUUUGCAGAAUGGAUGUUACUAGCCAUAGGGUUACUGAAUAUGCAUUUAUAUGUCGGAUGACAAAAUAUUUGCAGUAAUAGUCAAAUGUUUCAGAAACACUUGAAAAGAUUGUUUUUUGUUUUUGUUUUUGUUUUUUUCAUUGUCUUCACGUGACUGUUAAUUCUACCUUUGGUAAUAGGGAUUACGCUUUUGAUUAUACUGUCUUAUGUAAUAUACUGACAGGACAGGAUCAUUUUAUAUCUUGGUAUAUUAAAGGAGUCAUCAGGUCAACUCUAAUCACCCAAUUCAGAAAAAUACACCUGUAAGACUAUACAGCUGGUCUGUCCAUUUUCAGGCCUUUUUCCAAACAGCUUUGUCUCUAUUAGUGUUCCAUGUUUGAAACCUUUUUUGUGAUUGACAGAGAGAAAUGCACUUUAUUUGAAAAUUUUUAAUUUGAUGAUAUUGUUUGUACUGUUACUAUCUUGUAAACUAAUAUGGAUUAUUA